UAAGUUGGCAACACUGACUCUGUGAAUCAGUGCAUAGAUUAUACACAUAUUUUAUUUGAGAAAUCCGUGUGAAAUGCGACUUCAGUGUGGACGCACGUAUUUAAACAUUUACGAAAAUCAAAGUGUGGUGAUUUUUUUUAAUUGUUAAUAAUGGAAUCACUCGUCACUAUGCCAAUCAAGGCGUUGCCGUCGGGUCGAGCAAUGGAGACGCCGAUGCACCCGAAGAGGGUAAGGGUGCUCGCUCCGGUAGUGGAAAACCCAAGAUCAGAAAUGUGGGGAUCCAACGCUCCGUCCCUGGCCAGGAGGGACCAGGAGACGCCUCCGGUGCCAUCACCUGCCCUAUACGUAGAAUGUGGGCCUAGUAGCGGGGCAAGCACGCCGACCACCGAGCGGCCUGCAAGUCUGGGUCACGUCUCAAAGAAAGCUCGGCGUGAAUUAAUCCCUUCGUCCUCUUCGUCCUCUCGACCUCUUCGCGAUGAAGAGAUUUUGGAAUUGCUCAAUUACGGAGAGCCAUUUAUAGUUAAAAGGCAAAUUAAUCUAAUCAUCGCAUGUUUGUCCGACGACCGCCGGCGCAAUAUUCAGGAGUGCUAACUAUUACAGCAACGAGUCUAAUUCAUAGUAUUCAGCCCAUAUGUAGCAAAUUGCACAAAAACGUUUUGCAAUAGGUAAUAAAUAUUUCUCAGCUGUAGAAUAUAGUUCAUCUAUAGAAUAUUUAAACAACAAAAUUUUGGGUGUAUCCGUUAAAUACGUGUAUCCAAAUUUAAAUGAAAGAACGCUGCCCUAAAGGCAACUUAGGUUUUAUUUCCGAUCAGGACACCUGCAUACAUUAUUAGUACUGAGUGGGGGUAGUUUAUUUGUGCAAGUCGUCCUAGUGCAAAAAAACGUUUUAGUGUGUGGUAAACCUAAAAUAAAACCAGAUUUUUAAUUUUCUAAUAUUUUAUUGUUAUAAUCCUUUAAGUGCUUUAUUCAUACAAAAACUACAGCGGUAACAAAAAACAACGUUAUUGCCCGUAAUAAGAUUAAUGAAUAAAGAUACAAUACACCAAUAUCUCUUUUGUUAGCAUCAUUUUUUUAAUUUCAACUUUUUUCUACAAACGUAUUUUUAACUUAAAUCGCUAAGAAUGCAUUAUUAUGAAAAGUCAAAGGUCUUUUUAAAUAAUAUAUUUCCCAUAUUAUUCAUUUAAAUUAGUUUGAUAAUUAUAUAUUGAUAAGAGCUAUCUAAGGUUAAGUUAAUGAACGUCUCCUCGCUCACUCGUACACAACCUCAGAUAAUGAGCUCGAAACAAGAAAUUUGGUCCAGCUUCAACAAGUUUUCUUUUUUGUUAAUAAAAAAUAAAAACGAAAUAUCCCAUUCAUUACAGUCUUUGGUUAGGACAGAAAAAAUAUACCAGAAACCUUAAAUUUAUAAUAUCACAAGCAUAAAACAGAGAUAGUUUCACUUCCACAAACAAUUCAGUCAAACGUUUAUUUUUUUAAUUUUGAUACAAAUCCUAAAACAUUUUUGAAACAUAAAUUAAAUACCUGAGUGCAAUGAAGUACUAAAUUAUGUUGGGAAUAAGUGCAUUGUAACUUAAUUACUAAACAUAAUUGAAUCCUAUGCAAACGAUACAACAAGCAAGAUAUUUAGUGCUAUUAAUAGAUGGCAAUGUAUACCUAAAUUAGAAUACGACAAGGAUACAAUGCACAAAGUACUAUGCGAGAAUCGUACAGUAGUGUACACUGUCAAUUUGUCCAAACAAAUUAAUCUACAAUGUACCUUUUUAAUACUUUCCAGGCAUAAAGAUUUUUUUUUCGAAUCCACCUUAAGCUAAUAACAAAAUCUUAUAAAUACUACACUUUACCACACUUUCAAUAUUUUUAUUAAAAUUUGUUGCAUGAAAGUGACGAUAAAAUGUUAAAUAUCCAUUAAAUUAUUUUAAAGGCACAAUAAUAUGAGCUUAUGGCAGCUUUAUGCCUACGACAGAAGACAAUUCCAUACCUCCUGUACAUUAACUAACGCAACAGUACUAAGAAAGAAACACGAGCGAACACUCGAUUAAGAAAUGCUCGUAACCUUUGCUUUUUGAAACACGAUCCUUUCUUAGUGAGAAUAACAAAGAAUCUAUAAAUCCCACAAGAUUAAAUUCAGUUCGCGACUUCCAUCACAUCAAGAUACUCACGAUAAAACCCUCAUCCGUCUAAAUAUAUUAAUUUAUUUAGCUCUAAAAUAAGGCCAAUCAUCAAAGAUGAUUUAAAAUGAUAUGCCCUGCAAUAAUAUCCAUAAUGUGAGAUAUUAACGAACAUCCGAUUCUAGGUUUAUAUGGAUGACAAUAUCAUUGCAACCUACCACCUUGCACAGCGUGCUAUUUGGACGAAGGAUAGUAAUAAAGAACUGCGCAUCCUGGUAACUGCCACCGGGAUGCGUGAAGCUCUAUAAGCUGCAGUAAAGUACGCCUGAUGGAAGGAGCCGCGGCAGUAUUGAGGAAAGCGUCACGGACGGCUGUAAGUAAUCGCUCCAAAUCUCCAGGUAGCUGAGUUUCCAAGUCUCGGCCUAUGUACGUCAGUACGAAGAACAGAUUCUCAGU